AUGCUCUGUAAUCUCAGUUUUCAGGUCAAGGCACUUCUUUGUGAAAGAGAUACAGAGACUAAAGAGGAGACCUAUCUUCUUCCUCAGGGUGAAGAUCGAGAGUCUUGCCAAUCAUAUUUGAGGAUGCUGAAUAAAGAUGGAAAGUACAGCCUCAUGUUUGAGGAAUGGGUUACGGAUACUCCUUUCGUCAUAUCCCCAAGGAUUACUUUUGAAGUGAGCGUUCUUCUGCUUGGUGGGUUUAUGGCGUUGGGAUACACAAUGGCAACUAUACUUGAAAGGAACAGCCAUGUAUUUGCUACCAACUGA